UUUUGCAUCACACUAGACAUCCGUGCACCCUCUCACCUCUCCUGCAUGUAAAGCAGAACCCUAAAGGCGGGAAAAUUUCGGAAAAUCUCCGACAGUCCUCAGAAAUUUCUUAAUUCAAACACCAUGAAUGAAAGGAGGCUCUAGGCCCGUCACCCAAGUUUACCCAUUUUCUUUCUCUUAUAGUAGGUAAAUGGAAAGUAAUAAGUCAAUAUAUUGCUAUCUUUAUUUUGGAGGGGAGAUCAUAAAGGCUGACGAUGGGUCCAUCAAUUAUAAAGGUGGAUGUACUAAUGGCAUAUGUAUUAAUCAAGGAAUCUCACAUGCUGAGUUUGUUUCUAAAGCAAGUAAGAAAGUCCAAAUUGACCCAUCUAGUCUGUCAUUUAAGUGCACCUUGAAGUUUGAUAAAUCUUUACUCCAGCCAUUGGAUGACGAUGAUGACAUAUAUAACAUGGUCCUCUUCAAUGACAGUUUCUCAAGAGUCUUAUGUAUUUGAAGCUCAUAACGGAGGAGCAAAGCAAGGAGUAAUAGAUGAACAAAGCACUUCUGUUAAUGUGGAAAACAAUCAUUUUUCAUCACCAUCAUCAUCAUCUCAAGGUGUAAAUGAUGAUAACACCAUUCAGAGACAUGAAGUUGCAUCAAGAUGCAUAGAGUUCGAAGCAAUUCCUCCAGUUUCAAGUACUCUUGGAAAGGCUAUAUCAGGUAGUGGGCAAAUUUUUACAAAUGCUGAUGAAUUCCGGAAUGCACUAUACCUUACCUCCUUAGCUGGACGAUUCAACUACAAGUUCAAGAGGAAUUCUUUAAAGCACAUGACUGCAUGUUGCACAGCUGGUGGAUGUCCUUGGAAGAUAACUGCUCGUGGUGUUGGGGCUACCAAAAUUGUGAGAGUGCACAUAUUUGAAAACAAACAUAAUCACUCUGCACAGGAGGACUCUUCAUUAGUGCCUGCAUUACGACCAAAUAAAGCGGCACUUGUAAUUGAUGAUAUGAUAAGGGCUAACCCUGAUUACCUGCCCCGUCAAAUCUGUGUAGAUUUUGAAAGACAGCAUAGAGUGAAAUUGACCUACAAUCAAGCUUGAAAAUGUAAAGAGAAGGCGAAGGAGAGAAUAUUUGGUCUUCCACACAAUUCAUAUAAGUUGCUGCCCUGGUUAUGUAAGCAGUUAAUGGAAACUAAUUCUGGGACAAUUGCUCAAUGGACUUCCUCAGAGAAGGUAAUUUCAUGCAAUUGUUCAUUGCACAUGGAUUUUCUGUGCAUGGGUUUUUAAUGGGAUGCCGACCUAUCAUAUCCAUUAACUCAUCCAACUUGAGUGGGCCACACAAAGGUGCUUUGUUUUCAGCCUUGGCAUAUGAUGCUGAUGAUGACAUGUUUCCAUUAGCAUAUGCCAUUGUGAGUUUGGAAAAUUAUUAUAACUGGUUUUGGUUCUUACAGAGGCUAAAGCAGUUAGUUGGUGAAAUGGAGGUGGUCAUCAUUUCUGGAAGGCAUCAUGCGAUUAUUCGUAGUGUUGCAGAGGUUUUUGGAGUUGAAAACCAUGCAUAUUGUUAUCGUCAUCUAAAGGAGGACUUUAGCCACCAGUUGAUGAUGGGAAGGGAAGGUAAAGAUAACGCUCUUAAACUACUUGAUGCUGUUGCAUAUGCAAGGUUAGAAAUUGGUUACAACAGUGCAAUGGAGAACUUAAGGAGAUUUGAUGCUAACUUAGCCAAAUGGGUUGAAGAUAACAAUCCUGAACACUGGGCGAUGUCAAAGUUCGCUAAAAAGCGUUGGGACAAAAUGAAUACUAAUAUCUUUGGGUCAUUUAGUGCUUGGGUCAAAGAAGAACAACAUCACACAAUAUUUAGUUUCACUGAGAAGCACAUGGAUAUGCUAGCCUCUUUGUUAGUUGAGCGGAAAACCACAAUGCAGAGUUGGGAAAGAUCCAUUGGCCCAAAAACUGAGGAUAAACUCUUGCAUAACAUUGCCAAAAACGAAACAUUUUCAGAUGGGAAGGCAAAGAUAAGCGUUGACUUGAGGCAGCAUACUUGCACUUGUUUGGCUUGGCAGAUGUCGGGCAUCCCAUGUGAGCAUGCAUGCGCAAUGAUACAGAAGAUGAACCAAGAUGUUUAUGAAUUUGUUGAUGAUUGGUAUCAUUUGUUCAAGCAGGAAAUGGUUUAUUCUGGCACUUUGCAUCCACUUGAGUUUCAGAAUCUGCCAACCGUUCAUUCAGAUGGAAAUGUGCAUGAUCCAAAUGGUUAUGUGCAUGUUUCUCUUGAUCCUCCUGUUACAAAACGUUGUCUUGGAAGACCUCGACGGCAACGAAUCAGGCCAAAUUUAGAGAACAGAUAAUUGUACAUUGCUCUCAUUGCAACGGGGCCAGUCGGAAUUGUGCUACCUGCAAUGAUCCAAAUAUCUGAUCUAAAUCUUUGUAUGAUUUGAUGUCCAGCUAUUGCAGACAUUUGAUCUAACCUUUUUUACAUGUUGUAUUUGGUUUUCCAAAAUUCUAUCUGGUGUUAUUUGUAACUGAGUGUGUUAUGACCUUUUCAUUUUGUUAAGCUGCUCCUGAUUCUUAAUGCUCAAAUUGAUCAAAGAAUUAUGAAAUUGAUCUAUUAGUUGUUCUUCACUAUGUUUGUCAUGGAAGUUUGAACUGGUUUUUAUUACUCUUUCCCCUAGUUUUGUUUGGGCAGAAAUUUUAAUUUUACCAUUCCAUUUUCAGUAGUUACACUCUAAGGUAUGCAUAGUUGUUGAAGCUGGUGUUUGAUUGAAUGAAUUAUUCCAUGUUUGUGACAAUGGUUAGAUUCUUUACACUAACAGCUCCAAAUUUUGUGCCUUAAAAAUUCAUCUUAUGGAAUUCUUUUUACAGUUUCACAUCUUUUCAUAGGCAUGGCCUGGACGAGAGAUUGAGAUGAUGGUGGCUCUUCCUGAGGGAACAGAGACAUGAGUAAUUUUGAAGGCAAGAGAUGCAUCUCCAGGAGCACUUCGGCUCCCAUCCCUGCACCAAAUCUCAGCCCAAGCAAGCUGCCUGGAUGUGGUGGUGAAGUUUAGGUCAAACAAGAUUCCAGUAGUAGCAAUGGCAGACGAGAUUAUCUUGUUGGAUUUCUGGCCUAGCAUGUUUGGUAUGAGGGUCAGAGUUGCCCUGGCAGAGAAGGGCCUCAAGUAUGAAUAUAGACAGGAGGACUUGAGGAACAAGAGCCCUCUGCUGCUUGAGAUGAACCCAGUUCAUAAGAAAAUCCCGGUUCUGAUCCACAAUGGAAAGCCCAUUUGUGAGUCUCUGAUAAUAGUUCAGUAUAUUGAUGAGGUUUGGAAGGAUAAAUCUCCAUUGUUGCCUAGUGACCCAUACCAGAGAGCUCAGGCCAGGUUCUGGGCGGACUACGUAGACAAGAAGCUCUAUGAACUUGGAGGGAAGAUAUGGUCAACCAAAGGAGAAGAGCAGGAAACAGGCAAGAAGGAAUUCACAGAGUGCCUCAAGCUUUUGGAAGGAGAGCUUGGAGAGAAGCCAUACUUCGGCGGUGAAAAAAUUGGGUUUGUGGAUGUGGCUCUGGUGACCUUCUCUUGCUGGUUUUAUGCAUACGAGACCUUUGGCAACUUCAGCAUAGAGGCGGAGUGCCCCAAGUUGGUAGCUUGGACCAAGAGGUGCAUGGAAAAGGAGAGCGUGUCGUCUUCUCUUGAAGACCCGCACAAGGUCCAUGGAUAUGUUGUGGGGAGAAGAAAGAAGCUUGGUAUAGAGUAAAAGGGAAACAUCAUGGGCUAUUGAGUAGUGUUGUUUAGUUAAUAUUAGAUGAUAUAUAUGAGUGUUUGGCUGUUUGCUUAAGUUUUUUCUUUGAAAUUGUAUCGUUAAUCUUUCCGGUUGAAAUCCCUUUCUGAGGGUUGGUGGGUUUGCUGAGCUGUGUUCUUGUAUUAAAGAAAUAAAAGAGUUUUUAACUACCA